GGCCGUCGCCAUUUUGGAUUUUAUUUUUGACUUCAUCGGCUAACUUCGGGGCGAGCUUCGGGUGAAUCCGUCCAUUUCCGUCCGUGGAUACACGAAAGCGUCAAGAUGGCGGAUUGUUUCUUCAUUAGCACAGCAAGGUGCUGACAACAGCACGACCAGAAUGUCCAGAAAGAGUAUGAGCAUGGCAGGAACUAAAGUUGUGAAGCUGGAGGAGGUGGAGCAGGAAGAAGCUGGUUUAUUGGAUACCGACAGAAGUCUGCUAAAAAGUGUGAUAAAGAAAACAUCAAUCUGUGAUGAUUCGCAAAGAGGCAAUAGCAGGUCUACAAGUGCAGUUCACUCCAAAAGGGGCAGCUCAGUCUCUGAAGCAGGAACUGAAUCCGGAUGUGUUGAUGAAUCUGAAGCCGAAGACAAAGUGUAUCCUCUUCCUGAAAACUGGCCAAAGAUUUCCCUCCUCAAGCUCAGACCUCGGAGUUGCGAGCUUUCUUUGAGCCGAAUGCCAUGUGUUAAAAAAGCUGUCUCACACAUUGAGCUGAUUCAAAAUAUAAUAGAUGAAUGGUUCAAACGACUAACAGAGGACAUAAAAUCCCGAGCCAGCAGCCGUCACAGUUCUGCCCAUGGAGUCAAAAAGCAGUUACGGUUUCAAGACUUACCAGAUGAGACUUACGUCAGUUCUCAUGGCAGCCCCUCAUACAAAGGGAGCACCGUGUCAAGGGCAUCCUCAUCUCGCUUGUCGGGCUCAACAGCUGAGCUUUCCGUCACUGGAAAAGGGACGCAUCAAGUUGAAGAAGUCGAGGAGGAAGUGAUUGAUGUCGAAGAAAUCCCAUACCUGGGUGCCCAAGAUGUGAUUGACGAAGUGAUCACCCUGCUGGCCCGGCUUGAGUCAGACCGGCAAGACACUCAGGAGAACUACAUGAAAGAAAUAGAAAAGGCGGAAAAACUCCGACAGAAAAUCGAUGAGUGGCAAUUAAAGAGGAUGAGGGAACUGCCAAGUCUCGUGCAAAGAGAGCAUGAGGCUUGCAUUGUGGACCUGAAUGAACUCCACUGGCAUGUGAGCUUUGCAAAACGUAACGAGGCAAAGGCUCAGACGCGCUUCAGUACGGCUGAGAGACUGAACACUCAACUCAAAGAAGACAUUGCCUUUGUGAAGCAGCAUGUUCCGCUGGUUCAAGAGAAGCUUAUUCUAGAGAUGGAAGCUAUGGAGAAAAUCAGGAAAGCUCAGGGAGAGACUGACCAAGAGCUGGUGAUGACCAAGCAGCGACAGGCCAAGACAGAGAUGAAGUCGACGGAGGCCCUCACAAAAGCGGAGACAGAGAGAGGUCACAUAAAGAAGGAGCUUGAUUCUGUCAGGGAUGACCUCACUAACAUCAGCGAAGAGCUGACAGAGGCCAAGAUGACAUACAACGCCUUCGUACACCAGGUCAAUGACAUCCACUCUCAGCUCACAGACAAUGACCAGGAGUUGAAGGUCCUGCGGGUCAAAAACGAAAACGCCAGAACAGCUGAAGAAAUGCAAGCCACAAAGGUACGGGAUCUACAAGCCAAGAUCACUGAGGCUGAGUUUGAGCAUCGUCGCCUGGAGAAUGAAAAUGAGCAACUAGAGCAAGAGCUGAAAAUGAAUAAAAACCGGAACUUUCACAAGCUGCAGGAUCUGGAGAGGCAGCUGAAAGCCUUGGAAGCGAAGUAUAGAAUUGUCUCCCGUAAAAACCAGGAACUGAGCAUGGAGAUUGAAGAUUGUGAGGAGAAGAUUAAAAAAUGUGAUCGGCAGAAGACUGCAGAUGAGAAAAACAUCAAUCGAAUAAAUCGUGAGAUUGAACGUACGGCGUCCAUGCUUCAUCACACGAUGGAAGAACAUCAUCGUAUUUCCACCGUCAACCACCACAUCCGCGACCAGCUUUCGUCUGAACAGGAUAAGGCUUUCAGAACUGAAGAGACCCUGAAGACAACAACGGAAACAUUGAGGAGACAAGUGAAGGAUGAGAUUCACACAAGGACUGUCCUCCAAGCUCGCAUCAAUUCUGACACUGCCGAGAUUGAGAAAGUCAAGACAGAAUCAGCCAAAAAGAAAGGGAAGGCAAAAAGUGUGGCCGAUGAUGUGGAACAAGCUGUUUCUGGGGUGCUGCAGAAAGUGGAACAACUCCGGGUGGCCAAACAGGAAAAGGAGCAGCGUAUGAACGACCUCAAAAGCAAGCUGGAGGAGACUCAGAACCAGCACCAGGAGAGCAGCGACAGAUUCCACCAGACCUUGGGGAGGAUUGAACCUCGCCAUCAGAUGCUCACGGCUGAGGUGUCUGACCUGACCAAGAAGCUGGACCACAUGGAGUGGCGGACUCAGCUGAUGAAGAACAAGAUGGAGGAGAUGGACGCCGCUCAGGGCAUGAUGGAGCGGUCCGUGAGGACGUCGGAACAAGCCAUCACCACUCUCACUGCGGAACUUGAUGAACUGAACCUGCAAAUUGAGGCAGGGAAAAAGAUUGAGGAAGACCUGAGAAAACAGUACAACGAGACGUUGGAACGUCUGAGAGGAAAUGAAAACAAACAUGGCAACUUGCUGAAAGAUCGACAGGACGUGUUGAAAAAGCAUGAGGUGGACAAAGCUCGUUUCAUCGAGAAGAACAAAGAACUGGCAUCUCGCUACCGGCAGCUGCAGAACGAUUACGUCAUCUGUAAGGAGCAGAUGCUUCGCAGCUACGACGAGAGGGUGAAGAUAGAAGCCACCAUCACAGAUGUCAAACAGCUGAAAUCGCUGCAGUCCAAAUUGCACGGAGCGCUGGCAGAGUACUUCAAGCUCAGUGGGCUUUACAACGAAGCUGAGCUGUCAAAGUUAGAGCAAGAAUCCUCAGUCAACGGAGUUCGAGUCUCAGAACUGCAGCUGAACAUGGAACACGCUCUGGAUGACAUCUCCGAGUUCAUCAGCUCUCAGAUGGAUGGUAAAGUUGCCCGCCAGAUGGCAUGGGAUGCUGUGAAAAGGAAGUCAGUCGUUGACGCGGGUGAUUUGGGUUUGGGUGAUGGUCUGCCGGCGACCGCUGCUACAACCCUUACCAAGUCAACGUCGCAUCUGGGGUCUAGGCAGGUUUCCCAGGUCACCGUUGUGCAGUGAAGGGAGCCAAUUUGGCAUUUAAAGAUUUAUACUGUUUUUGUUCUUUUUACCCUGGACAACUUCUUCUUCGUUCUUCUUCUCGAUCGCAUCCCUCUUGAAGUCCAGUGUAUCUAUCCUAUACUGGACUGUCUUGCUCAGUUCCCCUGUUGGCCCAUAUAGCUUCUCCUGUAGUGUGAAUCGGGUUGGCCACAUUCCUCUCUCAGGGUUCUGUGUGUCCUGCACAGCUGGAGGACGUGUUCCACAGUUUGGUCUGCCUCUCCAUACUGGCAGUUUGAUGAUUGUACUAGUUUAAAAAUCUGCACUUGUGCUGUCCAAGUCUUGUGUGUUGUGUUCUUAAGCAACAUUUUUUGUUGAGAGUUUGUUUGAGUAAAGAGAAGCAUUUCAGAUCGGCACAGUAACUAAUGGUCUUUUAGUGCAGAUAAAGAUCAAGAUUGAAAUAACAGUGUUGUUCUAAAAAUCACUAGCAGCCAAUUCUGCCUUUUAGUUGUUCUUUUUCUUUCUGCUGGAAAAGUGAGAGACAAGGAAUAGAUACUAAGACAUAUAAUAACUUAAUAAGGGGGACGGGGGAGGAGGGGUUUUGUUUUACUAUGAGUUUUACGGCACCUGCAGCACAAAUGGGUCAAAUAAGUGUUGAAGGUUAGAGGUGUUACUAGAGAGUAACACAAAAAAUAAGAUGGAGAGACAUAAGGAUGAUAGAUGUUUCUGUGCUGUAUUUUGUCAGUCCCGUCGAUAGGAUGCAGUUCAGAGACAGAGUGAAACCUGAACUUAGUGAAAAUAUUCAUGAACCAUGGAGUGCUGUUUGAAUUUAAAUAAAAGACUAAGAGAAGCAUGUUGGUAUAACAAUGGUCAUUAAGUAUAGAUCUAAGGAAUGAAUAAGAAGACAUGUGAACAGAAACUAUGAAGCAAAAACCAAAUAAAAGUGGGACCUACCCGACUACUUGUAGCACCCUCCAACCAUCCACAAGAGCACUGUGGUCAAGGCAUUGAAAGUUUUUUUGCCUCACUUGAGUCUAAUUAGUUAAAUGUACACUUGAUUUUAAAGAUAACAUUUAUUUGCCUUACAUUUAAGUGUCCAUAUAAAAGACAUUCACAUGAGAAUUUGUGUAGCCUUAUGAAUGAAAUAUAAUAUAUGUAUAUGUAUAACUCUGUCUCAACAAGAAUAACUUUGGUUUAUAAAGCUCUGUCUCUUCUCAGAAAUUUAUUCAUCUGUAAAUCAUUAUUUGUGUAAAGAGAAAAAGUAUUUUAUUUUUUUGCUAUUGAUUCUAGACUUUUAUGUUUACAAUUUUUGUGUAAUACUCCCUUUCACUCUGUGCCAUGCUUGGGGUUUGCUGUGUAUAUAUAAAAUUUACCUUGUAGACUUACAUUAUUCUAAAAAGAAAUCAAUACUUUAGUUAAGUUUUCAUGUUCUUUUUACUUCUACAACAAGAAAAAUAAUUUAACAGACACGUUCUGUGAUGUGUAAUAUUGAGCAGUGAGUGCAAGUUAGUUAAAUGUUUAGACCCAAGAAAAGUUGGGUUAUUACUGGUCUGGCUCAUCUAGGAUCCAAUGUUCCACAGCUCUUGUUCAUAAUUUGUGAUGAUAGUGAUAGAAGAUGAAGUAGCUGUUUUUAUUUUAGAAUUCAUAUUAGUUUAUAUAUAGUAAUAAUUCGUCCAUCUGUAUCUGAUGAUGACCAAUGCAUCUACACAGGAGAAUAUUUCUGAAGAGAAACAUAGAAGUAAUAAUACGGGGAUGACUUGUGACUUCUGCUAGGACAAAUGAGACCAAUUCUGGCAGAUACAUUUUUCAACAUUUAAAAGUAAGCUUCGUUUCAACACAUGGAUGUGCACAACGUGCAGGCAUCUCUUGUUUUCAGAUUAUUAUUUUUUUUUGCAAUAGUGUUUUUUUCAUGAGCUGCCCUCAACCCAACCAGUUUAUUCAGAAAGUGCUCACUCAGCACAGCAGGUGUGUUAUUGACAUAAGUUUUUGCUAGGCACAAACUGAGUUGAAGAGUUGGCUUUUUAAUGUAGGCCUACAUAUUGUUAGAAGUUUAAAUGUAUUAUGAGAACAUUGGGCUGACUGAGAGGAAAAAAUGUAGUUGAGAAUUUUUUUUAAAGAUAGACCUGUCACUGAUUCGAAUUUUUGUCUAAGGGGCAUUCCUGGUUGUAAAAUCUACAGGUUGUGGCUGGGUCAAAACCUGAGAACCCCGUAGUAUCCACCAAUGUGCUUUAUUUUGUUGUUCAAUGUCCAUGUUGUGCUUUGUCACACUUUGUGAUUGAUGACUGUAAUAUUUGUUUCAAGGAUAUAAUAUUUAAUACCAUCUCUAUGGUUACUUGUGAAUGUUACAUGUAUACAGGUAUGUACGGUACUUCUGAAGAUUUCAUUAAAAGUAUUAGUAUUAGAUAA